AUGAGGAGGAAAAAGACGCCAAAAAAACAACCGGCUGAUGAGGAUGAAUUGACUUUCGAGGAUUGGAGAAUUAUCAGUGAGACCAGUGCAAUUUUAGCGCCUUUCUACGAUCAGACUAAGCGCUUACAAUCCCGUGCUGUUAAUGAGACCCAUGGUUCUAUUUGGGAAUCUUCUCCGUCCAUGGAAUACCUUCUUUUCCAUAUAAUUUGCACCAAAGAAGCCGUUGAAGUCGACUAUGCAGUUCCUGAAAAGAGUUCUGACGAUAGAUCUACUGCACGAUCCCGCCAUCAUAUUAAAACCUCGCUGGACAACUGCCAUGGGAAGCUUGAUUCUUAUUAA